AUGAAUUCCGUGCAAGGACCAGUUGUGUGCCCUUCUGUCCGUGCCAAGCAAGUAGGGUUCUGUAGCAUUCCGAUGAUUGGGGCGGUGAAAAUGAAUGUUAGACGCAUUAGAAGUGAAUUUUGGGGUCUCAGUGGCGUUAAGGCUAAACCCGGUUUUCUUUCUUGCCGUAUAAACGCGCCACAAUGUGUUAUGGACGCACUUGGAAUCAGGUCCUACCUGCAUGAUCGUAGCUUGAUGCAAUAUGCAGAUAAGAUGGAGGACUGUGGAAAAAAUCUGUCAGAGCUUAUCAAUUUAAGCACCACAGAUCUUUCUACUCAGUUUGAAAUGAAGAGCGGCCACACUGCACGUUUUGUAAACAGAAGAAUAAGUGGUGAUUCUUUCAAAUUGCAUGCACUUGUUGCUAGAAGAAAAAGUAGCAUAAUGAUGCAUAGAGACGAUAACAUUCCCAAAAGUUUUGGAUCUAAUAGCUCUAACAGCUUGACAAGAUCACACAUAAGAAGUAAUGCUGCUUCUGAUGCACUUGAACAGUCAAUGGCUGAAAUGAAGAUUAAAGAAGGAUAUGUCUUUAAGGGUAUUGUAGCGGCUGAAUGA